AUGCGCCGUUUUGCUACUACUUUCUCAGCUUCAUCUGCUGCACUUGGUUCUCGGACAGUGACGAGUUUGACUGUUCGUGACGCACUAAACAGUGCAAUCGAUGAGGAGCUGAGUCGAGACAAAACUGUUUUUGUGUUGGGUGAAGAGGUCGGACAGUAUCAAGGAGCCUACAAGGUGACAAGAGGACUUGUUGAUAAGUAUGGAACAUCUCGUGUUAUUGACACACCCAUUACGGAACAUGGUUUCGCGGGUAUGGCUGUGGGUGCCGCCAUGAAUGGCAUGAGACCCGUGUGUGAAUUCAUGACGAUGAACUUCGCCAUGCAAGCCAUUGACCAAAUUGUGAACUCCGCUGGUAAGGGAUUGUACAUGUCAGCAGGUCAACUUAAGUGUCCUAUUGUGUUCCGUGGUCCCAACGGCGCAUCAGCCGGUGUUGGGGCUCAACAUUCUCAGUGUUUUGCUGCUUGGUAUGCCUCAAUUCCUGGACUGAAGGUAUUCUCCCCAUACAGCAGCGAAGACGCUCGUGGAAUGCUGAAAGCUGCAAUUCGCGAUGACAAUCCCGUCGUUAUGCUUGAACAUGAGCUUAUGUAUGGUGAGACAUUCAAAGUAAGUGAUGAGGCGAUGGGAGAAGACUUUGUCAUUCCUUUUGGAAAGGCUAAAAUUGAGCGACCUGGCAAGGAUAUCACAAUGAUUGGUUUCUCGCGUGGUGUUUCUCUUUGCCUUAAAGCAGCGGAGCAACUUGCCAAGAGCGGUAUUGAGGCUGAAGUGAUUAACCUUCGUUCCCUUCGUCCUCUGGAUCGCGCAACGAUCAUUCAAUCCGUGAAGAAAACUGGUCGUGCGAUGACUGUUGAUGAAUCCUUCCCUAUUUGCAAUAUUGGUGCGGAGAUAUGCGCCAUUGUAAUGGAGAGCGAGGCGUUCGAUUAUCUUGACGCCCCGAUGGAGCGCGUUUCAUGUGCCGACUGCCCAACACCAUACUCGAAAAAUUUGGAAGUUGCAUCACAACCGCAAGUCUCUGAUGUUCUCGACGUGGCACGUCGCAUUCUGAGCUAA